AUGGCGAUGAUGGUGGCUGAUCUUAGCUUCUCAGCAUCUAUAUCUAGUGGGAAGCUACCGAGGUAUGGGACGUCGUUGAGUGACUCGUCCUUGGUUAAGAGAUCUGCAAUGUUCCGAGCAGAAGCUCGGUCUGCUGAACCCGACAAAUAUGGUACCAAUGGCCGGUUGAGAAAGAUGGUCCCAACGACCGAAUUGGUGAGGAACAAGGGUGGUGGCCGUGUGAGAAUGGAUACGGUUAACGGUUCUCUGAAUGGCGCUGUGAAUGGAUCCAAGCCGGUCAUUAACGGUUCUCCAAUUGUUGGUGUCAACGGUUCGACCAGAGCAGUCAUUAACGGUUCUCCUCCCCAGGGGGUUAAUGGGACUAGUUUGGUGAAAGGCAGCAACAUGUCUGCUCUAGUUAACACCCAGAAGCAAACGAGUGCUAGAGAUGAUCCGUUUGAAGAGGAGCUGAAGGUUUUGCCCUCCGAUGAGGGAUUCAGUUGGGCAAAAGCUAACUACAAUUCUGUGCAGAGGAGUAUAGAUAUCUGGUCUUUCGUGCUUUCUCUUCGUAUACGUGUUCUAUUCGACAAUGCAAAAUGGGCCUAUGCAGGUGGAUUCUCAGAGGAAAAUCAGAAAAUCCGGAGGAGAAAAACUGCUUCAUGGUUAAGAGAACAAGUAUUACAGCUUGGCCCGACAUUUAUUAAGCUUGGACAGCUGUCCUCCACAAGAUCUGAUUUGUUUCCAAAGGAAUUCGUCGAUGAGCUUGCAAAACUGCAGGACAGAGUGCCUGCAUUUUCUCCUGAGAAGGCAAAGGCUUUCAUAGAGAAGGAAAUGGGUUGUCCAAUUGACAUUGUGUUCAAAGAAUUUGAGGAUCGUCCAAUAGCUGCUGCUAGUCUCGGUCAGGUACAUCGUGCAGUGCUUCAUAAUGGGGAGAGAGUUGCCGUGAAAGUUCAGCGACCAGGGCUCAAAAAACUUUUUGACAUCGACCUAAGGAAUCUAAAGCUGGUAGCUGAGUAUUUUCAGAGAAGUGAAAAAUUUGGAGGCCCUUCAAGGGACUGGAUUGGUAUUUAUGAUGAAUGUUCCAAAAUUUUGUAUGAAGAGAUUGAUUACAUCAAUGAAGGAAAGAAUGCAGACAGAUUUCGUCGAGAUUUCCGAAACGUGAAGUGGGUUCGUGUGCCGCUUAUCAUGUGGGAUUACACAACUGAAAAGGUGUUAACCCUGGAGUAUGCUCCUGGUAUUAAAAUAAAUAACUUGGAGGUGCUAGACAACCGGGGAUAUAGUCGUUCUCUGAUUGCAUCUCGAUCAAUAGAGUCUUACCUAAUUCAGAUACUGAAAACUGGUUUCUUCCAUGCUGAUCCUCAUCCUGGAAACCUUGCUAUAGACAAGGAUGGCUCUUUGAUAUAUUAUGAUUUCGGAAUGAUGGGUGAAAUCAAAUCAUUCACUCGUGAUAGAUUACUCUCCUUGUUCUAUGCGGUGUAUGAAAAGGAUGCAAACAAGGUUAUGAAAGCUCUGAUUGAUCUGGAAGCUCUCCAGCCAACGGGAGACCUCUCACCGGUAAGAAGGUCCAUACAAUAUUUCUUGGACAAUCUGUUGAGCCAGUCACCAGAUCAACAACAGACUCUAGCUGCUAUUGGAGAGGACUUGUUUGCGAUCGCGCAAGAUCAACCUUUCCGUUUUCCUUCCACAUUUACGUUCGUCAUCAGAGCAUUCUCAACUCUUGAAGGCAUUGGAUAUUCACUGGAUCCUGAUUUUUCUUUUGUCAAAGUUGCUGCGCCAUAUGCACAGGAACUUCUGGACAUGAAAACAAGACGAAGAGGUGGUCCUGAACUAGUCCAGGAGAUAAGAAAGCAAGCAAACGAUGCCCGCGAAUCUACCAUCUCAAUGCCUUACAGAAUCCAACGGAUCGAGGAUUUUGUGGGGCAACUUGAGUCGGGUGAUCUGAAGCUCAGGGUCAGAGUACUUGAGUCUGAACGAGCUGCCCGUAAGGCCAACAUACUUCAGAUGGCGACCAUGCAUACAGCCAUGGGUGGUACUCUCUUGAAUAUUGGGGUCACCAUGGGUAGUCAAGGAAACCAAAUGGUGGCAAAUGGGUCUUUCGUUGGUGCAGGCAUUUUCUUGGCAUUGCUGGUAUUAUCUAUCCGAAGAGUGAAGAAACUCGACAAAUUCGAGACGAUGGUGUGAUCCAUUUCGGAGACCGGUUCAAAUGGCAAGUCGAACAAGACAGAUGGUUAACUUCUCUAAAGAUAUUAAAUGGGAAGUGCUUGUCCAUUCGUAGAUAAAUAGACGUAGUUUAUUUAGGAGCUGCCAUUCUUUCUGAAAAUGCUGUAACCUGUUACAGCCUGUAAAUCUGUACAAACUGUAUACAGUCUUUAUAGCAGAAAGGUUAGACUUUGAUUAUUCAGUUCCAAAUGAUUAAAUGAGCUGGGGAAAUUCAGUUUCGCCUUUCCCCUGUAAAGUUUCUGAA